GGGCCGCGCGGGCUCCCGUAGCCGGGCGCGGUGGUGGCGCCACGUCCCGGGCGGCGUCCGGGAAGGAGUCAGUCGGGCCUGGGAACUGUCUGGAGUGACUAUGGCCUUCACGCUGUACUCCCUGCUGCAGGCGGCCCUGCUGUGCGUGAACGCCAUCGCCGUGCUGCACGAGGAGCGCUUCCUCAAGAACAUUGGCUGGGGAACAGACCAGGGAAUUGGCGGAUUCGGAGAGGAGCCAGGGAUUAAAUCUCAGCUAAUGAACCUUAUUCGAUCUGUAAGAACCGUGAUGAGAGUGCCACUGAUAAUAGUAAACUCAAUUACUAUUGUAUUGCUUUUGUUAUUUGGCUGAACAUUGGGAAACCAGAGACUCAGAAGAGAUGCCCCAGAAGUUCCUCUUUCCAUCGUGACUGGAAUAUUCAUGUUUUAACAGGCUCAUCUUGCAGCUGACAAGAAAAUGUAAAGUUGACAAUAAAACCAGUUUCUAUUUA